CACUUUUUCACACUGAACUGUCAAUCUCAAUAAAAACAAAAGACAAUCAGUUUUUCCUUUUUGACUUGUAUUGGUGUUUUCUCACACGUUCAUUUGUGUAUAAACGAUAAAACUGCAAAACUUUGGCCAAAAAAAGUCGAGUUUUGGUUGCUGAUCGCUCAUUUUCAUGUUACAAACGUAUUGACCGAAUAUUUAUCGCCAUGAAUCUACUGGAUUUACCCGAUUGUAUGCUAGAACAAGUGCUGGAGUUGUUAUCCUACGACGAAAUUGCUAAACAACGUAUCGUUUGUCAAAAGUUCAAUACGAUAUGCCAAGGUUUGCUGAAUGUUGGUUUCCACAAGAUGAUCAAGCACCACGGUCAUCUGAUGAAACUGAUCAAAUCACAGCUGCCACGCCGUGAAUCAGAACGCAGAAACCAUCCAUUGGCCAAGCACUCCGACGUGCUCACAUGCAUCGAGACACGCAUUUCCAUGUUAUCAAUGACAUACACAAAAUAUAUAGAAGUCAACUUGUGCUGCUUCAUUCCAGGAAAGGUGAUCGAUGAGGUUUUACAUGUGCUGUGCACAAUCGCGCAUUCAAAAUACACAAAAUCAAGCAAUUCGGAUAAGUGUUUCAUAUUGGUUGAUAAACCGUUACGUACACAUGAGGUGUUGCAAGAGCUGCGCGAUAUUUCAUCAAUGGCCAUUGAACAUUUUGAAGAAAAGGUGGCACCGACUCUCAAGAAGGCCUAUUGCGAAUUGCCAACUCGAUCAUUGCUGAACGGUUCGACCGUUCAAUUCCAAUAUACACCAACAGACACAUCGUUGAACGCAUCGGGCUUGUCAUUGCCAGCACUUUACUCACAAUUGCAACAAAGUUCUGCAUCAUCAUCGCCACAAAAACCGAUCGCUGCAAGCCCAGUUGAUCCAUACCAAAGCAACUAUAUUCGCAUGGAACGGAAAUUCAAGACAGCAAUGCGAAAGUUGAACAGUGUCAUUGGUAUCCAAAAUCGGCAGGCACAGAAGCUUCGAAGCUGUUCGAUGCAGAUAGAUGAGCUAAAUGCACAGGUGAUUGAUUUGCGUCGCCGUCUGGAGGAAUCGAACAAUUUGAAGAAUCCAUUGGAACAAAUUGCAACGGUGGUUAGUGGUCGCACCACUCGGUCAACAGCUCAGCGUAAUAUCAAGCCGCGAACUGCCACAAUCAUUUUGAAACGUAUCGCCGAAACACAAUCGGAGGCACCAAUCGCAGCUAAAAAGACCAAACAUUAGACGGUACCACAGACUGCAGGACUCAAUUUCAUUUUAACCAUUGUCAACACAUACACACCCAACAACAUUUAUGUUUUCUUCUAUCUUACCCAUUUACUUGAAUUUAAUCCCCCUCCCCCAUUAGAUUAGGCUGAUUGGAAAACAAAAACAAGCAAUUCACACAUUGGUUUUGGCGAAUUAAAGAACAUUUUUUCAUUUAUUGUCGCUUUUUAUUUGAAGCAAAUUUUUUUUACAAAAACAAGGGAAUUCACCUAUUUUGAUGCAACAAAUAAUUUUAUUUCCUUAUCAAUACAAGAAUUUACAGGACUUAGGCGCAUUCGAAAGUUAGGAUAGACCCAUUUGAUAGCAAUUUCAAAAAGUUAGGCAACAUUUGCUCACAAACAAUGCAUAAAUAAAAUCCAAUGAAUUCCACAUAUUUUUUAACAUAAUCUUUGGACGCGUGUUUCUGUUUCGGUCAUCAUUUUUGAUUUCAUAAAAUAAAACGUUCUUUCAACUGAAAAA